AUGGUAAAUGAUGGGAUUCAGAGGAAUGAUUUCAAUGAAAAGGAGUUGAAAACAGUACGAUUUUCAGCCUACUCUAAAGAAAUCGAUGUUAUAAUGAGAAAAAUAUCAUUCUUGGAAAAAAACAUUACCCAACAGCUAUAUACUCUUCCUCAUUUCCCAAAAACUCUACCACCAAAUCAUAAAACUGGUGUGAGAAGAACCAACAGGACAAAGGAAAAUUGGAGUAAUCAGUUGAAUAAUUUACUGGGUAUUUACUCCAAGGACGAAAUUUUUACCCUGGAUAGUUUAGCUGCAACAUUACAUGACCAAGUGUUGCGGCUACAAAGUACACUUUUUCCUAUUGCCAUAUUGGAACAGGUUCAUCUUAAUAAUGAUAACGUAGAAAACAAGAAGCUUUUAAAAGAAAUUACGUACGAGUACCUUUCGAAGGAAAACUGUGGAGGGGCGAACAAAUUUGGGACAUUCAUAAUUAAAAGAAUUUUCUUUGGUGAUUUGUCGCUUGGGAUUUCCAUAUUAGUCAACCGUACAACUUUUGAAACGGUAACAUCGUCUAUUAUAGUAGUGAGAAGUUCAUUCAUUGAAAAUGAUUUCCUUUAUGAAGACUAUUUGAUAUUUGAUUGCAACGUGAAACGACGAGAAAAAUUCAAGAGGAAGAUCCUAUUUAUCUCCACCACCAUAAAUUUCAAUUACCAGACUAAAGUGUAA